AUGUCUGAUACUAAAAAAGAACUCGUUCAGGAUUUAUACGAUGCUGCACUUUUAACGUCCGGAGUCGUUGGGAUUUCAUACGCGGCGAAAACAAUUGCGGGGAAAAGUUUGGGUGCACCGAUGACGUUAGAAGGAGCGAUGAAACUGGGUGUGGCCGUGGCGGGAAGUUCCGUUGCCGUGGCCUAUCUCAAAGACAAGGGUUACGUUCCAAAAACAAUCGGUAAAUAAAUGACAACCAAUUUAGUAGUCGGUGGAUUAUUCAAUGCGGUCGCCUUUGCAGGCGCAGGAUUUUUGUUUUCCCACUUGAAUCAAAACGGGUACAAGGAAGAAGUCAAAAGGCAUAAUCAUGCGCUGGAAGAAUUAGCGACGGCCAAAGAAAAAUUUUACGAAUCUGAAGUCAAGAGACGAAAUCAAGAAUUACGACGACGGCAGGAAAUUUUAGAUGCGAAUCAUGAUAUCGAAGAGACGAAUAAAGCGUUGGAUGCAUUAAGAAUUUUUAACAGACGACAAGAUUUGAAUGCAUUGGAUCAUAAACCAAAAUUCGAGGAUUAUUAUCAACCGUCGAAUGAAAUGCAAAAAUAUUUAACGAUGACCGUUGGGAUUUUAGGGGUGGGAAGUGGUUACGUAUUGACGUGA